AGGCAUACAAUCGUGGUGUAAUGAACAUAUGUCACUCUUUCCGGUAGAUGGCGCCCUAACAACAGUUGUAAAGAAAAUGGCAAACUUACUUCAUUGAAUGCGAGUGCAUAUUGCUAACAAGCAUUCCAAUAUUAAGAUUAAAAUAUUCUAGGGAAUAUUUGCACAGUCAGCCUUUGGUUUAUUUUUUUGGAUGUGUUGAUACUCCUAAAAUUCAAAUGUAUAUUUAUUGCAUUGGAUAAUUCUAUUAGAAUGUGAAAUGAAAAUGUUCGAAAGAAUAAAACAUUGUUAUCAAACAGCUGUUGUCAUAGAAUUAACGAUAUUAACGAUAUCAUUAAUCUACCUCACAUCGUUUGAAAGCCGGCAGCAAGUCUUACGAAAUAUGGAACAUAUUCUACGUUUCCAAUCAAGCAUGAGCAAAAAUGGUGGCAAUGUUAACGUUACAAGACCGCAUAUUUUAUUGAUCGUCGCUGAUGACUUGGGAUAUCACGAUGUCGGGUACCACGGUUCUCGGAUAAAAACACCAAAUAUUGACAAACUCGCUCUAUCCGGUGUGAGACUUGAGAAUUACUAUGUUCAGCCACUGUGUACGCCAACACGUGGCCAGUUACUAACAGGACGUCACCAGAUUCACACAGGACUGCAAUGGUUGUUGUGGCCAUCAGUUCCCCAUGGGUUACCUCUAGAAAAUCCAACCUUGGCUGACAAACUACGAGACGCCGGGUAUGCUACGCACAUGGUAGGGAAAUGGCACCUAGGCUUUUAUAAAAAGGAAUAUUUACCGAUAAAUAGGGGUUUCCAAAGUUUCUUCGGAUUUUUAAACGGACAUUCGGAUUACUAUAAUCACAGUACUGUGUAUAAACAUAUGGAAGGUUAUGAUCUUUUUGAAGGCGACCAACCGGCCAACAUCAAUAAAUAUGAGGGUUUAUAUUCAACAACGCUGUAUACACAAAAAGUUCGAGAUAUCAUCUUUAAUCAUAACACACAGAAGCCUCUCUUCAUCUACCUGUCAUAUCAAGCUGUACAUUCACCUAUGCAAGUCCCAGCACGGUACAUCAACUUAAAUAAAAGAGUGAAGAGAGGAAAAUACCGGACAUAUGCUGGAAUGGUAACGUGUAUGGAUGAAUCGAUAGGUUAUAUUGUGGAUGCAAUGAAAGAACGGGGACUGUGGGACAACACAAUUACUCUAUUCACCACAGAUAAUGGCGGCGACACAGAUCUUGGCGCUAGUAACUGGCCAUUGAGAGGCGGAAAGGGGUGUUUAUACGAAGGAGGUGUACGUGCUGUUGGGUUUGUACACGGUGCCCCAUUGGGCACACAACGUGUUGGCACUGUCUCUAAUGAAUUAAUUCAUGUGUCUGACUGGUUCCCAACAUUUAUAAAUCUUGCCGGUGGAAAUUUUAGUGGUACACAACCCUUAGACGGAUUUGACCAAUGGAAAACAAUUAAGUAAGUACGAUCUAUUCAUUU